GUGAGGGCGGGAGUUUUGUAGCGCUCGCAGAAGACGUUUGAAAAGUGUUCAUUCAACACUUAACACUAGAAACGAUCCCGAUAUUAAACGUAAAAUGAUCGCAGGCGUGAAACGGGAGAGGGAUGUUGAUGACGACGAAGAGGAAGAGGUGCGUGUGAAGAUUGGUCGUUCUCAUGGUGUCGAAGAUAAAAGAAGCCGCCAUUGUCCAUAUCUGGACACUAUCAACAGGAGUGUUUUGGAUUUUGACUUUGAGAAGCUUUGUUCAAUCUCUCUCUCCCACAUUAAUGUCUAUGCCUGUCUGAUCUGUGGGAAAUAUUUCCAAGGUCGAGGUCAGAAGUCUCACGCGUACAUCCACAGUGUUCAGUUCACACACCAUGUUUUCCUGAAUCUCCACACAUUAAAGUUUUACUGCCUGCCAGACAAUUAUGAGAUUAUUGACUCCUCAUUAGAGGACAUUACGUAUGUGCUGAAACCCACGUUCACCAAACAGCACAUCGCUGGUCUGGACAAGCAUGGAAAGCUGUACAGAGCCUACGAUGGCACCACCUAUUUGCCAGGAAUUGUGGGUCUCAAUAAUAUUAAGGCCAAUGACUAUGCUAAUGUGGUUUUGCAGGCACUCUCAAACGUGCCUCCCCUACGGAACUACUUCCUUGAGGAGGACAACUACUGCAGAAUCCGCCGGCCGCCGGGUGACAUCAUGUUUCUGUUGGUGCAGCGCUUUGGGGAGCUCAUGCGUAAGCUCUGGAACCCGCGCAACUUCAAAGCCCACGUGUCGCCACACGAGAUGCUGCAGGCUGUGGUGUUAUGCAGCAAAAAGACCUUUCAGAUCACUAAACAAGGGGACGCUGUUGACUUUCUGUCCUGGUUUCUCAAUGCAUUGCAUGGCGCUCUUGGUGGGACAAAGAAGAAAACAUCAAUCGUCACCAAGGUGUUUCAGGGGUCCAUGCGAAUCUUCUCAAAGAAGCUGCCUCAUCCAGAUUUGCCUGCAGAAGAGAAAGACGCCCUUCUGCUCAAGGACGAGUACCAGGAGAAGAUGUCUGAGUCCACCUUCCUGUACCUGACGCUGGAUCUGCCCACAGCACCCCUCUACAAAGAUGAGAAAGAGCAGCUCAUUAUUCCUCAAGUUCCUCUCUUCAACAUCCUGGCUAAGUUCAAUGGAAACAAUGAGAAGGAGUACAAGACAUACAAAGAGAACUUUCUGAAAAGGUUCCAGCUCACCAAACUUCCUCCGUACCUCAUCUUCUGCAUCAAACGAUUCACAAAGAACAACUUCUUUGUGGAGAAGAACCCGACUAUUGUCAACUUUCCCAUCACGAACGUCGAUCUGCGCGAGUACCUGACCGAAGAGGCGCAGGCUACAGAGAAGAUCACCACCUACGACCUGGUGGCCAAUGUAGUGCACGAUGGAAAACCUUCUGAAGGGUCCUACAGGAUUCAUGUUCUGCAUCACGGCACAGGGAAGUGGUACGAGCUUCAGGAUCUGCAGGUGAUUGAUAUCCUUCCACAGAUGAUCACGCUCUCGGAGGCGUACAUACAGAUUUGGAAGAGACAAGAUAAAGACGAGGGAGCAGAAAGCCAUACAGGGGCAUAGGAGGCCCAAAAACACAGCAUUGGUGAGAUGUAAUUGAAAGGAUUCAUUUCAUUGCUGCACGCCAGGGCUUUAAGGAGGAACAGACUUAUGUAGAGUUACAAUGAAAGAAGACAUUAAACGAAAACCCUGAUGUUAUAUUCAUGUAACUGCUGAAGAGUCUGGAAAGUGGACAUUGCACAUUUAUGUGUUCUGCUCUGACCUUUUUUUUAAUUAUUUCAGUUUGAUUGCGGCUGUUGCUUGGCCUGUGUUGUUUGUAGGAUGAAAUCUUUUAAUAAAGUUUUCAAGACAAUA